AUGGCCAUGCACAAUGAGUUUGAGAUGACUGACCUUGGGGAGAUAUCCUAUUUUCUUAGAAUGGAGAUCCACCAAAGUCACAAUGGCAUAUUUGUUAAUCAAAUGAGGUUUGCCAAUGAAAUUCUGCAUAAGUUUGACAUGGACAGAUGCAAACCAGUGGACACAACAUUGGUUGUAAAUUUGAAGCUGAGCAAGGAUGAUGGGGCUGAGAAAGUUGAUGAGAAAAUGUAUAGAAGUGUGAUUGGUUGUGUACUGUAUUUGACUGCCACCAGACCAGAUUUGAUGUUUGCAACCAGUGUUCUCUCUAGAUUCAUGACCAGCCCGAGUGAAAUCCAUCUCAAGGCAGCCAAGAGGGUGCUAAGGUAUGUCAAAGGAAGUGCUGAGCUUGGAAUAUGGUUCAAGAAGACUGAAAACCUUCAACUUAUUGGGUACUUAGAUAGUGAUUGGGCUGGAUGCAUUGAUGAUAUGAGGAGUACAUUAGGUUAUGUUUUCUUCUUAAAUUCAAGAGCCAUAUGUUGGCAUUCCAAGAAGCAAGAAACCACUGCUCAAGUCUACGGUAGAAGCAGAAUACAUUUCUGCUGCUGCCAUAGUAAACCAGAAUAUAUGGCUGAGGAAGAUUAUGCAAGAUUUGAGGCAAAUUCAAGAAGAACCAACUGUGAUAUUUUGUGA